AUGAAGACCACCUUCGCCGUCGCCGCCUUCGUGGCCGCCGUCUACGCACAGGGCAUGCCCGCCAACGAGUACACCGACGGACAGCCACAGGUCCCAACUGGCUCUGCUCCCGCCGCCUACUCGACCGUCGCACCAGUCUCCUCGGCCGCGCCAGUGACUUCUUCCGUCGUCGCUCCGGUCUCCUCUGCUGCGCCAGUCUCGUCGGUCCCAAUCGUCAGCUCCGUUGCGCCCGUGCCAUACCCAGUCCCCGCCGGCAACUCCAGCGCCGUCGCCGGCCCCACUGGCACUGGCAAGGCCACCCUCCCCGUCACCAAGCCCACCAUGGCUACCAGCGGCAAGCCCGCGCCAAGCGAGGCUGCUCCCAGCGCGUCUGCUCCAGCUGCCACUGGCGCGGCCGCCGCUCUCCAGAUCGGUGCCGGCGCUGCCUUCGCCGGUCUCAUCGCUCUCUUCGCAUAA